CGGUCGGCCUGCUUUGUUUUGGUUUUGCUUUUGUAAGUGAUGGAUCGUGAUGGGUAGCUAGCUAGUCAGAGGAAAGCAAAAUCGGCCUGUGUGUCCGCUGUACAGCGUUUAUUUGAAACACCAUUUUCAUCACCGUACACUCCCGCGGAGCAGCGACGACGUAUCAUCCCGUAUCGGAGUGAAAAAUUUGCCAGCCGACCUUGCGCCAGCGUGUUUUUUGCUUAUUCGGGAUAGCGUGUUUGUGCGUGCGUGUGUGCGUUUGUGCUUAAUUCCGAACCGGUGGAUGUCACACUUGCUGUCCUUCCCACCCACCCGAACCCCGACCUCUCUUGGCAAGUGGAAGGAGCGGACGAUCGAAACCGACGACGAGGAGCCUCUGCCACUGCAACCGAGCCUGUUUCUCACGGUGCGGGUGCAGUAUUAUCACGUCGUAGCAGCAGUAGCAGCAGCAGCAGCAGAACCUUUGCCAUCCAGCGGCGCCAUCUCGCUGAAACACUGACGCGCGUACAUGUGUGUGUGCGUGCGUGCGUUGAUAAAGUUGGCUGUUUUUGACACGCUUCACUAGGCAGCGGAUCUGUGUGCGAGAUCUGUCUCGAUCUUCCCACCGAAGAAAAAACGGUCCCUUCCGAAACCCGAACCCUCUCGAUACCUGCCUCGAUCAUCCGUCGGUUUUACAUCGACGGUUUCUCGAGGUGGCAUCAGUGUGUGUUGGUAUAGUGGAGCACCCAGCGUGUUCCGGCAGCAGCGAUCUGCCCAGUUGCGUCGCAGAUUCGGCCCAAAAACCAGUUCGAAGGAAGCAACUUCCGGCGACAGGCACUGUAGCAACACAGCACCGGGAGCUACAUUAGCAUCCGCAGCAUCACCAUGGUGGAACGCAUUGUCGAGGAGAGUUGCGACGUAAAUUCCGAUCCAACACGCAAGCCCGAUGUCGCGCGGUAUAGCAGCGAGGAGGUGUCCGGCAACGAGUCCACCGAGGCACGCAUGCUGUCCGAAGCCGAACGGCAGGCCGACUUCAACCGGCACAAGGAGGAGAUGAAGCGCAAGCGGCGCCGAAAGAAACGCGCCAGUUCAUCGAUGCAGUCGUCGUGUUUUCAAGAGCUGUACAAGCUGACUGGCGAGGUGCUCGGCGAAGGUGCGUACGCAUCGGUCCAGACUUGCAUCAACAUCUACACCGAGCUGGAGUACGCGGUGAAGAUAAUCGACAAAAUUCCGGGCCACGCGCGGGGCCGCGUCUUCCGCGAGGUGGAAACGUUUCACCACUGUCAGGGGCACCCGAACAUCUUGCAGCUGUUAGAAUUUUUCGAAGACGACGAAAAGUUCUAUCUAGUGUUCGAGAAGAUUAACGGUGGCCCACUGCUGACGCGCAUCCAGGAGAAUGUGUGCUUUUCCGAGUACGAUGCGGCCCAGAUCAUCAAGGAGAUCGCGUCCGGGCUGGACUUUCUGCACAAGAAGGGUAUCGCGCACCGGGACCUGAAGCCGGAAAACAUACUGUGCGUGUAUACGGACAAGCUGUGCCCGAUCAAGAUCUGCGAUUUCGAUCUCGGCUCCGGGAUUAACUUCACCACGAACAUCUCAUCGCCAACGGCCACGCCGCAGCUUUUAACACCGGUCGGCAGUGCCGAAUUUAUGGCACCGGAAGUUGUCGAACUGUUCGUCGGUGAGUCGAACUACUACGACAAACGAUGCGAUCUGUGGUCGCUGGGCGUGAUCGCGUACAUACUGCUGUGCGGGUAUCCACCGUUUUCGGGCAACUGCGAGCAGGACUGCGGUUGGAAUCGGGGCGAAAACUGUCGCACCUGCCAGGAGCUGCUGUUCGAAUCGAUCCAGGAAGGGCGGUUCUGCUUCCCCGACAGCGAAUGGCAGGACGUGAGCGAAGAGGCGAAGGAUCUGAUCCGGGGGCUGCUGGUGAAGGAGGCGCCGAAGCGUUUGAGUGCCACGGCCGUGCUGAACCAUCCGUGGAUCCGGAUCAGCGAUGAUACGGAGUGUGCGGCCGGUGGCAUCAACACGAAGGCGAACAAGGAAAAGCAACGUCGUCGGGUCCUGAAGACGCCGGGUGUUAUUCGAAGGAACCAGUCGGCGCUCGAGCUGUCCCAUUUCGCUGAAUCGGCCAUGGCGGUGAAGCGCGUGAUAAUGCAACACUUUUCCAUGCGCUACGACUACAUGACGAAGGAGCGUCCCAACAUCUAUCAACCGUCGUACAAUGGUAGUGUGGAGCGUGCUCUGGUAGUGCCUGCCGAAACGAAACCGCCGGUGGUGUUCCACAAAUCGGCCACCCAUGCCGCCGAACAACCGCCCCAACCUAAUGCAGUCUGUGAUGAGGAGGAUGACCAAUUAAAGGCACCAUGCGAAGUGCAGGAGGGAUCGUGGGAACCGACGACGAUCACAACACCAGUCGAGACGACGGAGGAAAAGAAAAAUAGCCCGAAGGAGGGGGAGGAAGAGAAGCAGGAUAAGGAACGUAAUAGCUACCAAAACGUUUCCAUCGAAUCGAGCCAGAACGUCGUAGCUGCCGACGCCACCGCCGCCGCCGGGACAACCAACGGGGUGGUUGGUGGUGGACCUUUGGCGCCCGCCACCGCAAGUAUCGAAAUAGUUGUGACUGACAGUAGCAGUAGUACGUCUUCCGGAAUUGAUGGUGGGAUUAGAACCACCACCAACACCACCACCACCAAUGGAUACGCUGCUGAAGGAGGCAACCCCAAUAACCACAACAACAACGGUAACGCUGAGCAGGAGCAGUACGACGAGCAGCAGCAUGCCAGUGACGAAGAAUUGAAAAAUUCCGAUCCGCCGAGAAGAAUUGUUGCCAACGGAGCUAAUGUUGAUGAUGGUCAUGUUACGGCGGUGAGUGAUAAGAAGGAGGAUGGACAGGAAAGGAAGGUUGUAGUGGUGCUGGUAUCCCCAGCAACGUCUGCCACGUCGUCCCCGGUACGUGCAAAGCCAGACAACGACAGUGCGGCCACUACUACCGGUGGACGGAAAGCCACCGGCAGCUGGGAUAUCCCGAUCGAGUCGAACUGGCGGUACCGAGGAGCCACUCACGACCAGCAGUCGACGCAGUAUCAGAGCAGUCCUUCCUCGUACGAGUACAACAGCCGCAGUCAGCAUGCGCACAGCUACAAGCACGUCGGAUCGGCGUACGGGUCAAGCUACAAGGGUGGCCGCAAUGGUCACUACCAUUCGCAUCCGCAGCAGCAUCAUCAUCAUUACCAGAGCAACAAUUCGCAUUAUAACAACAACAGCAACUACCACCACCACCAGCACCACCACCAUCAUCACAACAAUCAUCACUCGCAUCCGCCGGCUUCGUCGACGUCCUACAGGCAGCCGAAUGGUGGCCAUCAUAACUAUCACUCCCUGGCUCACGGUAAUGGUGGUGGAAGCCAUUACAACAGCAACAGCAACAGCCACAACCAAUACUACAGCAAUGGAAAUGUUGCUGGUCGGUACGGGCGCAUCCAGCGCGGUGGCGAAUCGUUCGAGCCAAGACAGUCGCACCAUCAUCACCCGUACAACCAUCAGCAGCCUAACCAUGGUUCGUCGGUCUCGAUGAACUCGUCCUGGCGUGCUGCCCCCCAGCAACAACCAACCAACCUGGAUGAGGCGGUGGAAGGCUACCGUUACACCAAUGGUAACGGCAAGAUGAGCAGCAGCAGCAAUCCGACUAACUUUAAUAAUCACCAUCAGUACAAUCGUGGAGGAACCAAUAAUAAUAUUAGUAAUAAUACUAGCAACGUUAGUAGUAGCGGCGGAGGAGGUGGUGCGGGAGCAGGAAACGGUAGUCAUCAUCCGGUGCGGAUGAACGGUGGCAAUAGUAGCCAUCCCGGCCAGUACCGGGACUACCACCAGCAGCAUCAACAUCAUCAGUACGGUGCUGCGACCGCUACUGCUGCUGCCGGUGCCGGAAUGAACCACAGCAAUAGCUCCGGCCACUACUAUUCGAAUAGCGUCGGCGGCAACCAUUACAACGGUAACUACAACGGUAACAAUCAUCAUUACGGCCAACAGCAGCAGCAGCAGCAGCAGCAGCAUAAAUCGUUGCCAUAUCGUGCGGUGAUGGUACAUCACCAUCAUCAUCCGCAGCACCAGCAGCAGCAGCAGCAGCACCAAAAUCAUCAACGCCAUUCUUCAGCAUCGCCAUCGUUCGGUGGGAUGCGACGUCCCUCGGUAGAUGCGGUCGACGGAGGGACGGCUGGUACGAACGGAUUCGAGCCACGGCGCGCUAGCUUUGGCCAGCAGCAGAAGCAGCAGCCGCAACAGCAAUCCACACCGCUACCGAUGCAGCGGGCAUCACCACCGCAAAAACAGCAGCAGCAGCAGCAGCAGAGUAGGAGUAAUGUUAACUGUGAUCCAACUACAAAUACUAUGAAUAGAUAUAAGCUUUAUCAUUCUAACUCGACCACGAUCCUGAGCGCCCUCAAGCGGGAAACGCGCAACAACGGAUACCAGUCGAUGAUGGUCGGUGGGUUCGAAGGGUUGAACCUGAACGGAGCAACAACCGCCGGUGGUCAGCCGCCGGUCGACGACGAGGCUGAGGAGGCCGAGAUGGUGAUGCUGCUCGACCGACAGCCACCACCGUUCCAUCUGAUACCUCAGCGCAAUGGUGCCGCAGUGGAGCAGCAGCAGCAGCUGCAGCAGCACCGGGACGCGAUCGACAGCAUCGACGAGGGCGUGUACAGCAGCAGCACGAGCAGCAACACCAGCAGCCACAGUGGCAACAGCAUCAUUGCCAAUGGAAGCGUAACCACCAUCACCACGAUGGCCCCGCUUACCGGUGGCCCGGGAAUUAUUGCCGAGCUGGCAAUGAACGAGGGGCUGCCGGUUGGGCUUUCGCCACCGAACGAAAGCUUGCUAAUGCAGCGCCGCCUGUCGCUCAAGUCGCGCAGCCUCUGUCUGCCCGUUGCGAUCGGUAUCGGACCGUCACUGGUUGCUGUUAAAGAUGGUCCCAACAACCGUGACCAGCAGCAGCAGCAGCAACAGCAGCACGAGCAAGGUUCACCGCUGUCCUCUCCGGAGCAGCUGCUGGCGAGCAGUGGUGAUGAGGACGCUGGUCCACUGUUUUCCACCAUCGGCAACCAUCAUCACGGCGCAGGAGGAGGAGCAGCAGCAGGAUACUACACGUACUAUCCGCGUGCGAACGGUACCGCCGUCGGUGUAGUCGGCGUAGUAGUUCCUGGCACGACCACCACGCCAACGCUCACUACCGUUACCACGCAGAGUGGUUAGGGGAAGACAAACUGCAAUUUGAACAACCCCUCCGUUUUGUUUUCUAUAAAUUUUUGUUUUUCUUUUUUCGGAAUGACACUCCCCCUCUCACAAUGAUUUCGAUGUGUGUUUUCCAACUUAAGUUUUGGUUUUGGCUAUCAAGUCCCAUCUUACGGGGAUGAUGAUGAUGAUGAUGGAUGUGCGCGAGGUGGGUUAAUAUACAGAAAAAAAGGAGAGUGUACUACUUUUUUGAUUGCUUUGUGUUUAAGCAUACACAUUUUUUUGUUUUGUCAAGAUCCCCCCCGGACACACACACACACUACUGGGCAGAAAGAGAUUCGGUUUUGCUAUUGUAAAAUAUGUGCGCCCCCUUAACAAUUGGUCUGUAUAGCGGAUAGAGAUUGAUUGGCUCUGGUAGGAAGGCAGAAGGCACCCAGGGGCAGAAUAUAAGCGCGGGCAGAAUAUUGUAAACAGCGGAAGAUCACUCCGAUCUUAUCCCGGCUGUACGAUCGCUUUUGUGGUGCGUGUGUGUUAAAACGAUGAAGCUUUCUCUGAUUUUGCUACCUUUCUAUUCCAUUUUUUGCGAUGUUUUACACUGGAAAGGAAUUGGUUUUUUUUCUUUUGAAGUUAAAUAGAUGUAUUCUUUUUGUACUUUGAACUCUACCACCCCCCCCCACAAUCUUCUCGAACGAGCGAACGAGUAUAUCAGCAGCUAAGAAGAAUGAUCAACAAGCGUUUCAUGAGGAUACGUUUUGCAAAUUCGAGCAAUGGUUUUUUUUUUUCUUGGAAUACGAAAAUACAUACGCAUGUGGACUUUUUUUUUGAGUUUCCUUUUUUUGUUUGUUAUUGGCAAUAGCGUUUGAAAAACAUUGAGAUUUAUUCAAGUUGAGCGUUGGCAGCUGGUUUGUGUAGCAAACAGGCGAAUCUAGCCGGUUGAUGGUGGUUGAUUGGCAGGGAUAGCGGGCGUUAGGAUUUCUAACGUCUACUUGCGGUAGAAGUGAUCGUUCAAUAUCCACACCGAGGGAGGUCUUGUGGUCUAUAAAACUCGAAACGAAAACAAAAACAUCCCAACUGUCGAAAUCUGUACCGAAGAACUACAUUUCCAAAACUGGUGGCAUCGCCUAAGAGAUUAGUAUUUUGUUCGGAAACCGCGCGGUUUCUGUCGAGCCUUGUCCACCUAGAUGUUAGGAAGUUGAUUGAAUCGGUUGGUUGGUUUAUUUUGCAACCGCUUUGUUUAGCUCGGCUUUGCCCUUUUGUUAGAGUUUGUCUCAAAAAUCGAUACUUCGCAGUCGGCCAUUAAAAGACACAACCACGAACCUACCUUUACCGAGCGGCAAGCGUGAGUAACAGAGCUGUUUGCGUACUUUAUUCUCAACAAGUGCAGUUUUAAAGGGCGAAGGAAGGCAAAAGGCAGACAAAUGGAAGGAAGGAUUUCAGUUAGUCAAGUCCCGUCAGGAGAGAAGCACUGAAACAUGUUCGUUUUCUGAGCAUUUACCUCCACAAUUUUCCCAUUGGCCAGUUCCAAACUCGAUCGGUUUCGCUUGAACAUCAUUCAAAAUUGGAGUAAAUCACACUCAAGAGAGUUACACUCAUAAGGAACAACUCUAGUACUAACCGACGAACAGGAACAACUCAAGUACUAAGCAAUGGUUUCCAUUCUGUCAGUGAGGAUAACCGAUCAAAAUGUUUCGCUACUCGUGUAAGGAGUACACCGUACUUAAUGCCAUUUGCAAGAAUUUAACAAAAAUUUCCCAUUAAAGCAAACAUUUCCUGUAGAUAAUCUAAUCUACUGAGCUAAAUACUGAGCUAGUUCUGAAACGUGAUAGAAUCCCUCUUGAUCCCUUUGUAAAAGAGAUUGUGGUCCUGGAGGGACUGCAGUUCUCUGAUGAUUUGUUGGUCUUAACUGCGGAAAUUAAUGUGUGAUCUUGGGUUAAGUUUGACAAUGAUAAUGUUGUUGGUACAUGUUUAAUGUUGGGCUGGCUACGGGUUUUGCCAAUAGUAGAGUAAUGUCUCUUCCAGUGCUUCAAAUACUAUUUCUGUCCUUUGUAUAAUUCUUCUAAUCAGCUCAUAAGAGAGAUGGCGAAACUUGCUCAAGUUUGGAACUAGGCUUUUGGAUAUCGCGAGGGGGGCACUUGUUCGAUGCGAACGAGGUAUCAGAAUUACAUUUCGCGUCCGAUGUUUAAGCCAUCUGUAAAUUCCCUUCUUCGGUCUGUCCCUUAACCACCUUUUCCUUCGCCAACUGCAAACCUUAGUAUUAGAGACCAACAAACAACAGAACCCCCCUCUUGUUCAAUGCCCCGUGCUCCGGAGAUGAAGAAAACCCAUGUAGCUAUUUUGGAAAGGCCCUCGGGAAAAGCCUCAGUGCAAAACAAAAAAAAAAAACUCACCCAUGUGAACAUAAGAAGCAAUAUACAGCAAAUUGAGCAGUAAGGACGAUGAUGAUAAUACGUUCGAUAAGUAGUAAUCCGUAGCAGGAACAACUGUUGUGGCAGGCUUUGUUAGACAGAAAUUACCCUGUGCGCGCGUGUGAUGGUCGCUCCACACAUGAUAGUGAAAAGGUAGAUUAUAAAGCGAAGAGGAGCGCCUCUCACCAGAUGGCUUAUUUUGCUUCCGGUUUAGCUAAGCGGUGUUGUUGUCGGUCGGUUGUCGUUGUGCGUUAAACAAACAGGGCGGAAGCAAGAAAAAAAAGCCGGUCACCAGCACGCACCUACUUUAGGAAAGUGGGGAUUGAUGCUGCUGCCAGGAAGCGUGCGGUGGGGGCAAACAAUACACACAAAAGACUGGUUUAACAAAACGGAGGGAACUAAAAUGGGGAAAUUAAAGAAGAAGAAACAAACAACAACGGGGAAACACACAACAACAAAACAGAAUACGUACAGAAGAAAGUAUUUGCGUGACACGACGGUACACGUGGAUGCGCCAAACGGCAAGGAACAAACAAAAAAUUCAAACUUGGUUCUGUUUUUUUUGUCUUCUGUUCAGCUUAUCUGGAAUAUCAUUUGAAAAACAGUUGGGCAAAAACAAACUAGCAAAUUAUUAGCUUAUUUGGAACGGUUAGAAUCAUUUGAAAAAAAGCGUUUAAAUUCAAAAAGGAAAAAUAGGGCUUACAAUUAUAUAGUGCAUUUGUGGCAACAGAAGAACACCAUUUGGAGAAAAGAAAAGAAAUUGGGGAAAACAACGAAAACAAAUCAUCCAAGAGCAGCAGCAGCAGCAGCAACGGUGUGUGUCCGUAACCAAGAGCUCAACAGUUAAGAGUGAGAAAUGGCAUCCAUAUGUGCAUAUUAUUCGAGGAGGGAAGCAUUUGUCCGUUUUUUGUCUUCAAAUGCAAUUAAGAGAAGAAAGAAAGAUGUUCGAAGAAGGGAAUUAGUUUUACUCAUCCCCUCCUCCUAACUGACCCUCCACUGGGGAGAGGGAGGGGCGGUUUAAUAAUACAGGAAGGCCAAAAGCAAGUUGCGGCAGUGAACAACUGACAAAUGGUACAAUACACACACACACACGCAACCAGAAGUUACUGGUCUGCUGUAAGGCAGAAGAAGAAUGAUGAUGAUGAUGAUGCAUUACUUGAACGAUUUACUAAAAGCGGGGGCCAAAAAUCCGUUACCAGGAUUAGCCCCCCCGUAUAUUAACCCUCGAAAAGGUAUAAAAACCAGUAAAAAAACAAAAGAGUGAAAGGUGAAACACAAAGAAAAACAUAACAAAAAGGAUAAAAGAAGCAAGAGGUAACUAAAGAAGAGAGUGUAGAAGCAGAGGAAGAAGAAGAAGCAGAAAGGUAUAUAUUUUUAUGAAUAACACACUCACACAGAAAGUCACAAAUCAAUACAAACAUUACACAGUAACAAAACAAAAAACAAAACAAAAAAUGUGAAAAACGAAAAGUGAUCUAUCUACACACAUAAACACGUAUAAACCAACAAAAAAAAUGGAAGAAGAAAAGAAAACGAGUAAAAGGUAACAAGUAAACAAAGAUACAACAAACAAACAAACAAACAAACAAAAGCACUAUUUACUUAUGCUUGAUAAGGAAAACAAAGAAAGGGAUGAAGAGAUGAAAAGUCCAGAGAGAGAAAAGCACACACACACAAAAGAGAAGAAGUGGUGGAAAUGGUGGAAGCAACAACUAUUAACUACUAUUACUACUACUACUACCACAACAACUACUACUACUAUUACAUCUUUUGCUUGCUGCCAUUGAGAGGGGGAAGUUUCCGACGGUUUUUCCGACAACCUGACCAUGUGUUUUCUUCCUUCUUCUUCUCUCUCUCUCUCUCUUCUCCCAUACUACAAGAGAGCGGACUGCCGUGUUUUUUGUGUCUGUUUUGAUUCGAUUUUUUAAAUCUAUAGUAUGUACUAUACACAUGUGUACUACUCUACGUGUGUGUACCUGGACUGAGCGAGGAAAGGUUGAGGUUUUCCAAUUUUUGUGCGCCUGAAACAUUUCCCCCAUUUUUACCUGUUUUACUUGUUUUUUGUCUCUUUUUUUUUAAAACGAUAUCUCUACUAUACGAUCAUACGUCGAUCACAUUCACACACACACACACACACAAACAUACGUAAAACACAACAUGGAAACUACAAAGCGCAAGUGAAAAUGUGCAGGAAAAUUCCAGAUGAUGGGGCGUACAAAACGGGGCGAAUGCGAAAUGAUGAUGAUGGUGAUGAUGACGAGGAAGAUGGUGAAUGAAGUUUCCCGUGCCGAGACACAGGGGACUGAUCAGAUUCGAAUCAACAGGACGAAUAGAACGAGAGCGAACGAAAGCGAGCGAACGAAAGCGAGUGAUCGAGAGGAAGAACGAACAGGGCAAAAGCAAAACGCAAAACCCGCAUCCUACAAGCAAAACCGUGAACGAAAACGAAAUGGAAAAGUCUUACUUAUUUCUCUGUUGACACAGUAAGUGCUGAAAUAAAACAUUUUGUAUAUUUUUUCCUUACGGAAAGAGCAAACAUA